GGGCAAGAUGCUGCCAAACUGGCAAGCUGGACGAUCGCUGCUGCUGUCGCAGCGAUGAAGAUAAUGAUGAGGCUGUUGCCGCAGUGAUGACGACGACGAUAAUGCUGUCAUGUGUAUGCACAUCGAGUAUGGUCGGAUAUAUACAGAAGAAGUACGAGGGGAGACUUAUUCCUGCUUAGGGGAGAGGAGGAGGGAGGAAAUGAAAAGGAGAGAGGCAUCGCUGCAAAAAACAGAGUGCAUCUGAUGGGAGAUGGCUGUGUCCCACUUACGAUGGAGUUGGCAGAGGUCAGCGCUGGGGGGUGACGAGGGAGGCAAAGAGACGAAGAGGGAGAAGUACGAGGAAUCGAACACAUGACCAACCAAAUAAGAUGGGAUUUUCAUUUCUAAUCCAGACUGCAGAGCGCUGGUGAAGUCGUCCUCUUACAUCUCUGUGAAUUUCAUUUUGUCCUUCACCAACUUCCUCUUUGCUGUUCCUCUGCAGACUCUUGUCUUGCCGCAUGUCGUUCUUUAACUGUCUCUUCUCCUCUCUCUCAUUGACAUCCUUCCAUCCUAGCAUUGACCAACCUGCAGAAUAGCAACAGAGGGAGCCAGUGAUCGAGUGUGUUUGUGUGUGUUCAAGAGAGAGAGAGAGAGAGAGAGAGAGAGAGAGAGAGAGAGAGAGAGAGAGAGAGAGAGAGAGAGAGAGAGAGAGAGAGAGAGGAGAAGGUGGUGGCAAUCGAACAUGGUGCGAGGUGGGAGGAGCCUGAGGAAGCAGGAAAACGAGGAGGGAGAGGACUCAGUGCCAGGAUUGGGUAGCAGGAAGGGCUGUCUAGCGGACACUGUUGCAGUGGGUGAGGCGUUCGGAUUAAACAGUGGAAGAUCAAGGAAGAGGAGGAAAUACUCACGAUUACGUCAACAAGAAAUCGGUGCUGCAACGCUAUUCCUGACAGUGAAGCGGGUAAUUCUCAUCUUCUUUGCCUUUUCCAUUGUGUUUAUUCCUCUCGGCGUCAUUUUUCUUGCUUCUGCCAGCUCUGUUGUCGAAGUCGUUAUUCAGUACGAUGACAAGUGCUGGGACCAGUGGUCCAUCAAUCUCAGCGCCAGCCUUAACUCCUCUUCCCUUACUUCCCUCCCCCCAAGUUGGAACUUCUCCCGUUCCGCUGAUCGUGAGAACUAUAUUCGCGACACGACCACUCCGAAGACCUGCAACCUCUCGGUUGUCCUCCCUCACACCAUGAAAAGUCCCAUUUUUGUCUAUUAUGAAGUGUCCAGGUUUUAUCAGAACCAUGCUCUCUAUGUCCGGAGCGUCAGCACUGUGCAGCUACUAGGUAGGAAUGUCACGGAUGCGGAUUUAAUGGAUACUUGUAGUCCUCAAGCCUUAGUCAACAUUUCCGGACGGACAGAGGCGAUCCGACCGUGCGGGUUGAUUGCCUGGUCGAAUUUCAACGACACGUAUACUUUACAUGUGAACGGGACAAACGGCACAGGUAUAGUUGAGGUGAGUGACAGAGGCAUUGCAUGGAAAGCGGACAAGGCGGAUCGGUUUGCGAGCGUAGAGGCCGUGAAUCUGAACACGGUUGCGGAAAGGAGAGGCGGAGGAGAGGUGAUGGGACUCAUCAAUCAGAACGAAAGGCUCAUGAAUUGGAUGAGAAUUGCUCCGGGGCGCCGAUUUCGCAAACUAUGGGGAAGAAUCGAUGGGCGAGAUCUGAGCAAAGGCUCGAAUUUGACAAUUCAGAUCGAAAAUCAAUUCAACACUUUUGCAUUUGGAGGUGAGAAAAAGUUUAUUUUGAGCACUGCAACCUGGCUUGGAGGAGCAAGCACAGUCGUUGGCAUUGCCUAUCUGACUGUUGGGUGCCUUUCACUCUUCUUCGCCUUAUUCUUCUUCGUGGCAAAUUGGAAAUGGCCACGUCCUCUUGGGGAUCCGUCCUACUUAUCCUGGAAUCGACGAUCCCUCCUUUCCUCCCAAACUUCUUCCUAUAUCCUUGAGUCCACACCAUCUCUCUGACAGAUGGACUGACUUUACACAGGCCUUUUUAGCAUGUGCCGGCAGAUG